AUGAGGCGGCUGCGGCGCUGGGCGUUCGCGGCGCUGCUGCUGCUGCUGGCGCUGCUCCCACCGCCCGGUGUGGGGACCCGGGGUCCCGCCCGAGCUCUGCGCUGGAGGGUCUCUCCCCCGUUGGGGGGCCCGGAAGCCCCGGAGGUCACAGAGCCCAGCCGUCUGGUGGGGGAGAGCUCCGGGGGAGAGGUCCGAAAGCAGCAGUUGGACACCAGGGUCCGCCAGGAGCCUCCUGGUGGCCCGCCUGUCCACCUGGCCCAGGUGAGUUUCGUCAUCCCAGCCUUCAACUCAAACUUCACUCUGGACCUGGAGCUGAACCAUCACCUUCUCUCUUCGCAAUAUGUGGAGCGCCACUUCAGCCGGGAGGGGCCAACUCAGCACAGCACCGGGGCUGGAGACCACUGCUACUACCAGGGGAGGCUCCGAGGGAACCCGCACUCCUUUGCUGCCCUCUCCACCUGCCAGGGGCUACACGGGGUCUUCUCUGACGGGAACUUCACCUACAUCAUGGAGCCCCACGAGGUGGCCAGGCCUCGGGAAAACCUCCAGGGACCCCUUCCCCACCUCAUUUACCGGACCCCUCUCCUCCCAGCCCCCCUCGGAUGCAGGGAACCAGGCUGCCUGUUUGCUGCCCCUGCCCAUUCUGCUUCUCCGAACCGACCAAGGCUGAGAAGGAAAAGGCAGGUGCGCCGGGGCCACCCUACAGCGCACAGUGAGACCAAGUAUGUGGAGCUGAUUGUGAUCAACGACCACCAGCUGUUUGAGCAGAUGCGACAGUCGGUGGUCCUCACCAGCAACUUUGCCAAGUCCGUGGUGAACCUGGCAGAUGUGAUGUACAAGGAACAGCUCAAUACCCGCAUCGUGCUGGUUGCCAUGGAAACGUGGGCAGAUGGGGACAAGAUCCAGGUGCAGGAUGACCUCCUGGAGACCCUGGCCCGGCUCAUGGUCUACCGGCGGGAGGGCCUGCCUGAGCCCAGUGAUGCCACCCACCUCUUCUCGGGCAGAACUUUCCAGAGCACCAGCAGUGGCGCUGCCUACGUGGGGGGCAUCUGCUCGCUGUCCAGGGGUGGGGGUGUGAAUGAGUAUGACAACAUGGGGGCCAUGGCGGUGACCUUGGCCCAGACGCUGGGGCAGAACCUGGGCAUGAUGUGGAAUAAACACCGGAGCUCGGCAGGGGACUGCAAAUGUCCGGACAACUGGCUGGGUUGCAUCAUGGAGGACACUGGGUUCUACCUACCCCGCAAGUUCUCGCGCUGUAGCAUCGACGAGUAUAACCAGUUUCUGCAGGAGGGCGGCGGGAGCUGCCUCUUCAACAAGCCCCUCAAGCUCCUGGACCCGCCUGAGUGCGGGAACGGCUUCGUGGAGGCGGGGGAGGAGUGCGACUGCGGCUCGGUGCAGGAGUGCAGCCGCGCGGGCGGGAACUGUUGCAAGAAAUGCACCCUGACUCACGACGCCAUGUGCAGCGACGGGCUCUGCUGUCGCCGCUGCAAGUACGAGCCGCGGGGUGUGUCCUGUCGAGAGGCCGUGAACGAAUGCGACAUCGCGGAGACCUGCACCGGGGACUCGAGUCAGUGUCCCCCCAACCUGCACAAGCUGGAUGGUUACUACUGUGAUCACGAACAGGGCCGCUGCUACGGAGGUCGCUGCAAAACCCGGGACCGGCAGUGCCAGGCCCUUUGGGGCCAUGCGGCUGCUGAUCGCUUCUGUUACGAGAAGCUGAACGUGGAGGGGACAGAACGUGGGAACUGUGGGCGCAAGGGGUCAGUCUGGGUCCAGUGCAAUAAACAGGAUGUGCUCUGUGGCUUCCUCCUCUGUGUCAACGUUUCUGGAGCUCCUCGGCUGGGGGACUUAGGGGGAGACAUCAGCAGCGUCACUUUCUACCACCAGGGCAAGGAGCUGGACUGCAGGGGUGGCCAUGUGCAGCUGGCCGAUGGUUCAGACCUGAGCUACGUAGAGGACGGCACAGCCUGCGGGCCCAACAUGCUGUGCCUGGACCAUCGCUGCCUGCCAGCCUCUGCCUUCAACUUCAGCACCUGCCCUGGCAGCGGGGAGCACCGGAUCUGCUCCCACCACGGGGUCUGCAGCAAUGAAGGGAAAUGCAUCUGUCAGCCAGACUGGACGGGCAAGGACUGCAGUAUCCACAACCCCCUGCCCACGUCUCUGCCCACAGGGGAGACGGAGAGAUAUAAGGGUCCCAGCGGCACCAACAUCAUCAUCGGCUCCAUCGCCGGGGCUGUCCUGGUUGCAGCCAUCGUCCUGGGCGGCACGGGCUGGGGAUUUAAAAACAUCCGCCGAGGAAGGUAUGACCCGACCCAGCAGGGGGCAGUGUGA